GGGGAGAUCUCACAAACACCCAUCGGUCAUUACAAAUUGUUAAGAAUUAGACAUAUGAUUCUGAAUUCAACACUAGUUCAGUAGAUGUAAGGUAGAUAGUUAAUGAAAAGAAUGUAAAGAUGUGAAGAAUGCUUUUACUACUUGUUUUCGGAUCAAUAUCUAAUGUUGCAGCAUCGCCCACCUCUACGGUUCACACUCUGGUCAGUGAAUGCACCAUCGUUUGUCACGUGGAAAGAAGCAAGCGGACCGAAUGUUCUCGGCUCUGGACGGAGAAAGAAGAGUAUCGAAGUUAAUGAUGGAUGGAGGGGUCAACCCGAGUGCUGUAAUAUGCACAUUAUGUGGAGAAGCAUUCAAGCUUCAUGAAAACAAAGUAGAUGGCAACCUGCCCCGGACACUUUGGUGUAGCCACACCUUCUGCACAAACUGCCUGCUGUCCAUUCAGUGCGACAAAGUCAUUACAUGUCCUGAUUGUGAGGUUGAGUCAACCCUUUCAGAAGCAGGAGUUUAUGGCUUGCAGGAAGAAAGCAGGAUCAUUGGUCUGAUCUACACUGCUAAAGUGAACAAGAUGAGAAGUGAUAGAUCAAGAGUUCGUAGGAAGAUUGCUCCAUCAACCUCUGGAGACACUAACACUGGAAACACAGAGCAGGCAUCUGUGGAUUUCACAAAGCCUGCAGAUGUUGAGAAGACCGAGACGGUUGUGGAUGAGGCAUUGGCACAAGCUUCUGAAAGUCUUACCCAGCUGAAACACAUUUAUAAGACUCUGACAGCUGGUUUGGCAGAGCAGAAAAAGAGAGAGCAAGCCCGACUAGAGAUGGAGAUCAAGCAGGCUUCAGAUAAAGCCUUACAUGCUGUUCAGAAGUGGAAGGAUGAACAGCUCACAAACCUGGAUGCACAGUUCUCCACCAGUGAAGUAGCAGUGUCUCAGGUUCAGGAGAGAAUUAAAACUUUGGAGAUUGCCAUGCAGAUGGCCAAAGAAGUACGUCGUGUCCCUUUCCUGGAGCAGUACUGCAUCUUGGAUAAGGUCCUAGAGACGCUGCAAGCUCCUGUUGAUGACAGUUCAUUUACUACGAAAGACGUUGCUGUGGGUCCUGGACUGAGCUGUGUUUUUCAGUCAGAGAACCAGAGCCAGUGUUUGACAUUGUCUCUGAAGAUGGAGAUCAGAAGCUCAAACAAGUUGCCCAUACKCCCACUAAAGAGCUUCCAGACAGGAAUCAACAACAAAAAACCUUCCUGGAAACAUCCUGAAGGUGAAGACAGCAGCUGRCGUUCUCCUACCAGCAAGCUCCCUACUCCACAAACACAGGUUCAGGAGAGUUCAGGGGAUGAUGGUUUAUCAUCACAUCAUGGCGUCCCUUCAAGCACAAGACCUCGCCUCAAGAUCAUUCUCUCCCCCCAAAGCUCAUCGUCUGACCUAAAAAGCCCAGAUGUAAUUCUYGAGGAGUGUUUAGAUGAGGAACAAGGGCAUGGUGUUCCUCUGACUGGUCCUGAACUGGCCAAUGAGAAAUGGAGAAAACAAAGGAAAAAACAAUUCUUGCCUCCCAACAAAAGAAAUGGUACCCUCAUCUUUGUGAAGAUGAAAGAAGGGCUGUGGUGCCGUUCCAGAGUGUCUGAAGAAAUGUUUCAGAAAGGCUCCACGAAGGCUGUGAAAGUGUGUCCAGUCACAGAGCUGACCAGUUUGAGAGUGUUCUGCCUAGAUUAUGGGUUCACCAGACACAUCACAUUACCAAAUGAGGAGGUGUCACCUGAGUGUGCACUGAAGUUUGUGAACAAAUAUCUGAGGAAAGUGAGUGCAGCUGUGAACAUCAAGCUGGCUUACAUUUCCCCUCUGGCCAUCAGAUGUUCACUGAAGGACCUGGUCCCAUAUGACCUUACAAAGGGCUGGAGUAGGGAGUCAAAGGUAGAGUUCUGUAAUGUGGUCGGCUCUGCUGCAGUGGAGAUGAGAACUUUGGGCCAGGACAGAGAGUCGUUGUUGGUGGAUCUGAGAAAAGCUCCAAUGGAACAAUCCAGUGACGUGCCCAUCUCUGUCAGAAUGCACCUCGUGUUUAACGAGGUGGCCAGAUUUUAUUCUCCAGUGACACAAGGCAUUAAUCCCCUGAUGUACUACUGCCCUGUGCUUCCAAAGACCAACACAGAGCUUAGUGCUGUGGUUAGUCACAUCAACAACCCUUCUGACUUCUACAUCCAGCUGGUUGAUAACAUGGAGUCCUUGUUGCUCUCAGCUAAGCUUCAGGAUUUUUACAGUGCUUCAACGGGUUUUGGAGAUGAGCUGAAUAUCUUCUGCCCUGUGAUAGGACAGGCUUGUGUUGCCCGCUUUGAAGACAAGCUGUGGUACAGAGCUCAAGUCAUAGGUCAUCCAGGAGGAAGAAAAGUGGAAGUGCAGUAUGUUGACUUUGGCAAUAAGACAAUCUUGUCUGUCAGUGACUUGAGGAAGAUCAAGGAUGAGUUCUUUGCCCUUCCUGCCAUGGCCAUUCACUGCCGUUUGGCAGAUGUGGUUCCUGUGGACGUAGAGAAGUGGAGUGAAACCAGCACCAACAGAUUCACCAGCCUUACUCACCAGAAGCUGGUCACUAUUGUUGCCACAGCAAAAGUCCCGAAGAGUCAUCUUGUGCCAGUCAGAGUGUUUAACGAUGGACAGAAUGAGCAGAAAACCAAUGUGGCUGAACUGCUGGUGAAAGAGGAGCUAGCUUCCUUUAGGAAUGGACUGAAAUCCAUGAAUGCCAAGGCUUCUGGUGAUGAUUUGGCAGUGUGGGAUCCUCCACUUGACCUGGCUUCAGUAGCAGAGAAGGUUGAUGCCCCGAACAAAAUCAUCCCUGAAGAGAACAAAGAAGAUCUUCUGAAACCUCAGUUGAAGCUCCCUGCCAAUCUCAAAGAUGUUAAAGUUAGAGUCAGCUGCACCAACUCACCAAGCAGCUUCUACGUUCAACUCACUGAAUUAGACUCUCAACUUAAAAGAAUAUGUGAAGCUGUGAAGCAGGAGUGUGCACAAAAGGAGCCCCAAAAUGUGGUGUGGAAGGCCGACAUGUACUGUGCUGCACACGUUAAUGGUGUGUGGGAGAGAGGACAGAUCUGCUCUGAUGUUACAUCAAACAACAAGGCAGAGGUGAGAAGAUGCGACCAUGGCAGCAUAGUAAAACUACAUAGCAGCAACCUGCGACCACUUCCUCCCUCUUUGAUUGGCUCCAUGGCGCUGGAGUGUGCUCUAAAAGGCAUCAG